CCACAGAAUGGGUCUGCUCCUGCCCCUGGUGCUCUGCACCCUGGCUGUGGGCUCUGGGGCUACAUCUCCACCCCAGCAAGUCUUCAACCCAUCGCCUUUACUCUCCCGGGGCUGCAAUGACUCAGAUGUGCUGUCAUUUGCUAAUUUUGUCCUGAGGGACAUCAACAGGGACCGCAAGGAUGGCUACGUGCUAAGCCUCAACCGAGUGAGCGACGUCCGUGAACACAGACAGGACGGACCAGCAGCUGUGUACUAUCUCACCCUAGACGUGUUAGAGACUGACUGCCACGUGCUCAGCAGGAAACCUUGGAAGAACUGUGGAGGGAGAUCACUGCAUGAAUUAGUUUAUGGUCAAUGCAAAGCAUUAUUUUAUAUGCACAAGACAGCAAGAAUCCUCCAUACACUUUCUUAUAACUGUACUCUUCGCCCAGUUUCUCGAAGAAGCAUUCACCAAAUCUGCCCCAACUGCCCCAGCCCCAUUGAUUUAUCAGAUUCCAAGGUCUUGGAAGCUGCCACUGAGUCUCUUGCAAAAUACAACCGCGAGAGCGCCUCAAAGCAGUAUUCUCUGGUCAAAGUCACCAGGGCUUCUAGCCAGUGGGUGGCUGGACCUUCAUGCUUUGUGGAAUAUUUAAUCAAAGAGGCACCUUCUACCAAAUCCCAGGCCAGCAGCUGCACGCAUCAGUCUCCUGACUCAGAGGAUGGACCCGCUUGCAGCAACCACACAGCUAGACAAGAAACAGACUUGGCAAAAAUUCUGCUCAGACUUCCAUCUGCUGACACCCGGCUAUACCAAGGCUGCCAGAUAUCCUGCUCCCAGGCUGCUAUCAAGUUUGAGCCAGGAGUCCUUCUCACAGGAAAUUGGCUGCGAUGAUGAGGAUGUAUUUAAGGCUGUGGAUGCUGCGCUGAAGGAAUAUAAUGAUGAAAACCAAAGUGGCAACCAGUUUGUAUUGUACCGUAUAAGUAAUA